AUGGCACUGCCGAAGAACCUGCCGGUGCAAGUUACUCAUACGACAAGUGCGCAUCCCGCCGGUGGAAACGAACAACGCCAAGAACCGCCCUCGACGCCCCGGUCUCGGCUCUUGAUCGAAAUCGUCGAUUCGGCCGACGAUUCAUUGCCCGACGGCCACAUCCUGUCCGUGAAGCCCGCCCGACGGCCAAGCAGAAGGCUACCUUGUCACCGCUUCCUCGCAGGCGGUGACGGCAAGACGACAAGUGCAAGAGCACAAGCUCGGCCCGUCGCACCGAUCGCGGUCCACAAGCGGACGGCUCAUCCUUGGGCGAAAGCGACGACGCAGGGCACGCAGAGCACGCAGGACGCCAUGGACCACUCGUCUUCCUCGGGCCACGACCACGGCUCCAUGAGCUCGUCGGUCAUGGCCAUGGUCUUCCAGACGGAGACGGCGACGCCCCUCUACGCCAACUCGUGGACCCCCGCCAGCGCCGGCGCAUACGCGGGCACCUGCAUCUUCCUCGUCGUCCUCGCCGUCCUCGCCCGGCUGCUCGUCGCCGCCAAAGCCAUGCAGGAGGCCCGCUGGCUCGACCGUGACCUCCACCGACGCUACGUCGCCGCCAACGGCAAGGAGCCGCUGGCCGAGCAGGUCGCCCGGGACUCGGACACGAAGCGGCUGACGCUGUCGGAGAACGGCAUCGAGGAGUCGGUGCUCGUCGUCGAGCGCAAGAGCCACGCGAUCCGACCCUGGAGGUUCAGCGUCGACCCCGUUCGAGCCAUCAUGGACGUCGUCAUCGUCGCCGUCGGAUACCUGCUCAUGCUGGCAGUCAUGACCAUGAACGUGGGAUACUUCCUGUCCGUCCUCGCCGGCGUCUUCGUCGGAAGCCUUCUCGUCGGCCGCUACAGCUCCGUUCCGGAGCAUUGA